AUGGCCACGAAAGCCACCGGCUGUAAGAAAUACCUCCAGCUGCUCCUUUUUCAGGUCGCUCUUCUAGGGCCUGUCUUCUGCGGGAACGUGUUGGUCUGGCCAACGGAAGGCAGCCACUGGCUCAACGUGAAGAUAGUUACACAGGAGCUCAUCCGCCGCGGGCACGGCGUUACUGUCCUGGUAUCCAACGCUUCCCUCUUCAUUAAACCCAGGGCUGAGGCCGGGGAGAAGUUUGAGGUCUAUAAUGUGCCCUUCAACAAAGACACCAUUGAGAAGCUGAUCGAGGAUGUAGUGGCACUGUGGCUGAAUAACAGGCCAACCACCUUGACCUUCUGGCAGUUUUACAAGGAGCUGGGAAAACUGUCCAAAAACUGGCACCAGAUGAACAGGCUAAUGUGUGACGCAGCUAACCAAGAGCUGAUGGCCCAGCUGCAGGGCUCUAGCUAUGACCUGCUGCUGUCAGACCCGGUGACCCUCUGCGGGGACCUCCUGGCUCUCAAGCUGGCCAUCCCCUUCAUCUACUCGCUGCGCUUCUCCCCGGCCUCCACCGUGGAGAGGCACUGCGGCAAGAUCCCAGCCCCACCAUCCUACGCGCCUGCAGCCCUGUCUGAGCUCACCGACUGCAUGUCCUUUGGUGAGAGAAUAAAAAACAUCGUGUCUUACCACCUGCAAGACUACGUUUUCCAGAGCUACUGGGGAGAAUGGGAUAUCUACUACAGCAAGGUCUUAGGAAGGCCCACAACCCUGUGUGAGACGAUGGGGAAAGCAGAGAUAUGGUUAAUCAGAACGUACUGGGAUUUUGAAUUUCCACGCCCUUUCCUGCCCAACUUUGAGUUCGUUGGAGGACUUCAUUGCCAGCCUGCAAAGCCAUUACCAAAGGAAAUGGAAGAAUUUGUUCAGAGCUCAGGGGAACACGGCAUCGUGGUGUUCUCUCUCGGGUCAAUGGUCUACAACCUAACUGACGAAAAAAGUACUGUGGUUGCCAGAGCCCUCAGCCAGCUUCCACAAAAGGUCCUCUGGCGGUACAAAGGAAAAAAGCCAGAAACUCUGGGCUCCAACACCAGGAUUUAUGACUGGAUACCCCAAAAUGACCUGCUUGGUCAUCCCUUGACGAAGGCCUUUAUUACUCAUGGUGGGACCAACGGGAUCUAUGAAGCUAUCUACCACGGGAUCCCGAUGGUUGGGAUUCCCAUGUUUGCCGACCAGCACGACAACAUUGCUCACAUGAGGGCAAAGGGAGCUGCAGUUGCGCUGGAUUUCAGCACACUGAAGACGCAAGACCUAGUUGAUGCAGUGAAUACAGUCAUUAACAAUUCCACCUAUAAAGAAAAUGCUCUCAGAUUGUCCAAGAUACACCACGACCAGCCAGUUAAGCCUCUGGACAGAGCUGUCUUCUGGAUUGAAUUUGUCAUGCGCCACAAAGGAGCAAAGCACUUGAGACCAGCUGCUCACCACCUCACCUGGUACCAAUACCACUGCCUGGAUGUUCUGGCAUUCUUGUUCACCUGUGCAGCCAUCGCUGUCUUCAUUCUUGUUAAGUGCUGCUUAUUUUGCUGUAGGAGAUGUGGCAGGAUUGCAAAGAAGAAGAAAGAAUAG